UCGGCGUUUGUUUUCAUUGGGAGGUGAUGUUUCCGCUCUCCAGAGGGUUUAACCAGAAACUCUUCACCUCCUUUCUUCCUCGACCUCUCGCAGCCAUGUCGUCCUCCACCGGUGUCGCUAGGGUUUACUCCCCUCCUUCCUCUCCCUCUGAGGUCUCCGUCAAACGGGUCGGCACUCAUAAUGGGAGCUUCCACUGCGACGAAGCUCUCGGCUGCUUCAUGAUCCGCCUCACCGACAAGUUCUCCUCAGCCGAUAUUGUGCGUACUCGUGACCCCAAGGUACUGGCAGAACUUGAUGCAGUGCUUGAUGUUGGCGGUGUAUAUGACCCAAAUCAAGACCGCUACGAUCAUCACCAAAAAGGGUUCGAAGAGGCAUUUGGACAUGGCUUCAACACCAAGCUCAGCAGCGCAGGUCUUGUUUACAAGCACUUUGGUAAGGAGAUCAUAGCUAAGGAACUAAAAGUCGACCAAGAUCACCCAGAUGUUCAACGGUUGUUUUUAGCUGUCUACAAGAGCUUCAUGGAGGCGAUUGAUGCAGUGGAUAAUGGAAUUAAUCAGUAUGAGACUGAUAAACCUCCAAGAUAUGUGAAUAACACACAUCUGUCUUCAAGGGUUGGAAAAUUAAAUCUGGAUUGGAUUGAACCUGACCAGUCACAAGAGAAGGAGAAUGAGGCCUUCAAACGUGCAAUGGUUCUAGCUGGAAAUGAGUUCCUAGACAGUGUACGUUUUCAUGCGAGAUCUUGGUUACCGGCCCGAUCGAUUGUAAUGAAGUGUCUUGAAGAAAGAUUCAGCGUAGAUCCGAGUGGUGAGAUAAUGGUACUGACAAAAUUCUGCCCUUGGAAGCUUCACCUGUUCGAGCUGGAGCAAGAGAUGAAGGCUGAACCUGUGGUAAAGUACGUGAUAUACGAGGACGAUAGGGGGAAGCAGUGGAGAGUACAGGCGGUGGGAGUGGCUCCGGACAGGUUUGAGAGCAGGAAGCCUCUGCCUGAGCAAUGGAGGGGCCUCCGGGACGAUGAGCUCUCCAAAGUCGCUGAGAUCCCAGAUUGUGUCUUCGUCCAUAUGAGCGGUUUCAUCGGUGGUAAUCAUUCCUACGACGGCGCACUCUCCAUGGCUCGAGCUGCCCUCUCCCUCCCCUGACUCUAUCCUCUGAUUCGUAAGAGAGUGGAGUUCCAUUUUGCAUUUUGAGUUUUGUUCUCUCUCUUUAAUCAAGACUUCUGGAGCUGAGUGAUGGUUUGUUCGUUUAUGUGUGAGGGAGGUCUUCUUCAUAUCACUCGCACUAGACCACAUGUAAACUGCCAAAACAAUGGGUUAUUAUUAUUUUAUGGCUUUUACCCACAA